AUGCGUCAGCGAAUCACCUUCAUCCACAAGCCCGGAAACGGAGUCCCCUUCGAAGCUCUCGAGAUUAGCGAUGCCGGCGUCAAAGGCCCGGAAAUCAAUGCCGUUCGCGAGGACAGAGUCACACUAGCUCUGGAGGAGCUUCCGGCCGAGCUCUCCCAGCUUCUGAGUGAGAGCCAUGAGCUCCAUAUCCGAUGGGUCACUCCUGAGACCUACGAGACUGUCACUCCCUUGAACUCAAGGGUAUCACCGGGCUUUCAUCUGUUUUAUACACCCAAAAAGGAGGGGCAAUGGGAUGCAGCCAAAUUGUGUGAAGCUCUCGGCGAUGCAUUUGGGGCUAGCGGAUGUUCGUCGUCAGAGUCAUUCACGAGUCUUCCGAAUGACAGAUUCUCUCAUUCCGCAGCUUUCCAAUACUACGAGCCGCUGGGCAACCUCACAAAGUUCAUUCAUUACACAUCCCAGACGCUAUGCCCAGCGUCAAACACGGCCUGCAAGUCCCGCGCCGAGGAUCUUAAGACGGCGGCGUCCCUCGACAUCUCCUAUGACACCAUCUCGCACGCCCUCAAAGUCACGGCACAAUGGCCAUACACUACCCAUAAGAUCGACGUCGCCUCAACGCCAAAGCACAGGACCGAGGUCGGCAUUCUCACCACCGACUCCUCCGCGAAGCCGGAGCCCCACGAGAUCGGUAUGACCGGCGGCCUGACCGUCCUUGGCGAACAUACGAAGCCCUCGCCCGUCCUCUUCAAUGUGCCGGCACGUCACCGCCGCCAUGACGAAGUGGCCGCGGGCUCUUCCUUCUCCGCCAAGUUCCUCGAGCCGACAGGCCUGCACCCCGCGCUACAGCUUACAGUCAGCUCAGCCCGGCCGCCCGUCGACGACGCUUACUGCGCCAUCCACGCGCACUUCACACUCCCCAAGACCAUCUUUGCGGACCGUUACCAGCUCGCAGACGACCUGUUCCUCCAAUCCAAGAACCUCACCGCCUUGCGCUACUCCAGCUCGCCCGUCGACCUCGAGGCGCCAGCCUACGCGACGAAGCCAUGGGGCUCAGGCGUUCUCCUCGAGCUCGCGCCCCCAACCGCGCAAGAAGAGGACACCGAAUGGACGACCGAGAUCCCGCUGCACCUGCGCUACCUCAAGCCAGCCGACGGCGGCUACACGGAUCUCGAAGUCCCCCACCCAGCCGUGUUCUGGGCUUGCUCCUCGGAGGAAGGCACCAAGUUCCCCAGCAGCCCGUUUGAGCGCGUCAACUUGGGCUACGACGCGCUGUUCGGGCCGCGAACCGUCUUCUGGCACGUAGAGCCGGUCGGCGCUUCGGCCGGCGGGGGCGGGGGUGGUAGUCGGCUUACGAGCUCCGUGCGCGUGCCGGUUUUGGAGGCCGGGCAGGCGGGGUGGGUGCGGAUGGGGACCGCGGGCGCGGUGAUGCUGGGCUUCGCAUGGGUUCUGUGGAGGCUCGUUGCCGCGUAUUCCCGGACCGGAUACGGCAAGGGUGCUGCUGCCAAGGCGGAGGAGAAGAAGACGCAGUAG